UUUUUCUGAACCAUUUCAUCGGAACGUAGUGAGGGUUUGUUUACUUUCAUUUCUUAGCUGGAAGUGGUACAAAGUCUUUCCAGGAUUAAAGGAUUGAUAAAGAAUAAAUAUUACAAGAUGAUACAUACAAUUUGAAACAGACAUAAAACUUCUACAUGAUCAAAAAUAAAAUGGAAUCCAAGCUGAAUUUGAAUACCAUUAUUAAUAACAUAUUAUGCAAAUACAACACGUUGUUAGACUGUCCAGUAAAAUUUUGUGGCGAUUAUGGUGGGCAGAAGAUACAACAAUUUAUCGAAUAUAUAGAGUCAUAUAAAAAAAUAAAAUCUAUAUCGGACGAACAAGCUCUAGGUGAAUUGGGUUAUUUGUUAACUGAGCAUGCCCACUCGUGGUGGCAACGAAGAAAAAGCCAUUUUACUACAUGGUCUGAGGCUCUGACUGCUUUGCACAAUCAAUAUGGUCGCCAAAGGCCGGCAUUUUUAGUUUAUAAAGAUAUAUUUGAGCAUAAAUAUGAAGAUUACGCCAUGGAAACAGAAUUCAUAGAUGAUAAGUAUGAAUUAUUAACUGAAUUAUCUGAUCCAAAGCAAAGUGAAAAGAAUAAAUUUGAUAUGAUUUUCGCAUUGUUACCCAAAGAAGUUCAAACAAAACUAGAAUAUGGAAGUAUUACAAGUGUAAACGAAUUAAGGCAAGAAAUAUUAAAGUUAAAAUUAAAAGAUAGUAAUGAAACAAAUGUUACAACAGCAAAUUCAAGCGAAAAUAGUAACCUUGUCAAUGGUGUGCAUGAUAUUGAGCCUAAAGAAGAAAACAUUAGCUGUGUGUCGCAGACUGACACAGUACAAAAAGAUAUCGAUCCAAAUGAAUGUGGCGAAGUAGUGCCAGCAACAACUUGUAUAGUCAACGAUAAGGAUCCCGUGAUUAAGGUCAGGCGUACGGAAGAUCUGAUGCCACCACUUGUUAAAAAAGAAAGUAAUAACGAGGACGAUACUACUAUGGCUGGACCACAAGAAGAAUUUAUAGCAAUUAAUCAAACAUCAACAACACAUGAUAAUGUUAAUUUUCAAAUAGACAUCGAUAUUAUGGACCAGAUCAAUACAAUCAUAGACGAAUCAGAAAUGAACUGUGAAAGUAACCAUAGUGGACAUAAUUCCCCAAUUAUGUCUGUACAGGAGAGUUCAAGUCCAACCGUUGGUUUUUUACUCAACGGAGAAACCACUAUUCACGCAGAAGUUUCAAAGAAACCCCAUCCGGCUGUCUCCGCUUCGGGUCGGCCAACUAUACGUAAAAUGAAACUACGUUGUACUUAUUGUCGCAAAUACAAUCACAUAGCGCAAGAUUGUAUAAAGAGAACUAGACACAUGCAACUAUUUCCGGAAAAAUUUCUACCAACUUCCAAAAUAUCUGGGGAUGAAAUUAAGGGCAACAAGGAGAUAAGUUCUAAAAGUAACAAUGACGUGAAUGUUCUGCCCUUAUCCAACGAAACUACGUCUACAUCAAAUGCAUUCACCAACGUGCCUACCUCAUUAACGUAUACUGUGACUAGUACAGCCACUAUGGUAUCUCCCACAAUUACCACUACUGUUGCUGCAACAUCUAUUCCCACCGUCACACAAAAUAAUGUAUCAAUGUCUCAAGCUACAUCUCACAUCACCAUAAUGACCUCGAACCCGCCAACUCCCACAGCAUCAUUAACCACCAAGCUGAUAGCACCAAUAAAUGGUCCGUGCCCAAGUAAACUAUUAGCUGCCAAACUUCGAAAUAGCAAUACACCCUCAUCCCGAUGCCAUCAGUGUGGGACGGCUGGUUUUUACAAAAGUAUUUGCCCCAAUUGCAGUCCUAUAUAUAAUUGCAAUCAACAGUAUAAAUAAUGCCUUAUCCACUAGUAGUUAUUGAAAAAAUUGGCAGGGCCUUAUACAAAUGUAUUUUUAAAAUUUACAAAUCUGUAAUCAAGAUUUAUUAUGUCGAAGAUAAAGAGUGAAUAUAAAUUUUUAAAUGUUAUUUAAUUGUUGUGUAUUUUUCGUAUGCGAUCUGUUAAAUUAGAAAUAAAAAAUUGUAUACAUUUUGUAAAA